GAUCUGAGGCUGAGCUGGUCAACAUGACAGUAUCAUAUAUACUUUUCACGAUACACAAUACGUCUGCUCCUUUUGGUGAAAUUUUGUUUCAUUGCAGACAAGGUAUAGUUCAAGUGGAAUGAUAAACUGAAACAAGUCUUCCUGAGCGGACAAGACGCUGAUGAAUAAAUUUAUUUGCUAAACGCAAGCGAUGCUUACUGUGAAAACGAAAGUACGACAGAUUACAAAUUAAUGAGAAAUCAGUCAAAAUGGAUUCCGGGGUGGAUUCGGUCGGGACCGUGUCUGAAUACAGAAAACCAGCCAUAGAAUUCAGCUUGGGUGAUAAAAUUGGCAAAGGUGCUUUUGGAGAGGUUUUUAAGGCGACGGAAUGCGGCGGUAAACGAAUCUUUGCGGUGAAAUAUAUAAAAUGCACUCAAAAUGAUGACCUAGAGAAUGCCGUACAGGAAAUCACUGCUUUAAAAGCUUUAGACCACAAAAACAUUGUGAAAAUAUACGAUUUUGGCGCAAGACAACAUUGGCAAAUGGAAGUCGAGUUCUCGUUGGUUCUCGAAUACUGCCCUGGCGGACCGCUUCGUGAAAAACUUGCUGAAGAGAAUCCUACAAGCCGGAAGCUUGACUGGAUACGAAGUAUUACAGAUGCUGUUGUUUUUUUACACAGCGAAGGAAUCGUACAUCAGGAUUUGAAGCCAGAUAACAUCUUGUUAACAAAUGAUGGUGUUGUAAAAGUAGCUGACUUUGGUCUCGCACGACGUUUUGCCCAACCAAUCAGAGGUCAGACCAGGCGGGAAUACUAUCUUCAUCAAGGCGUAGGAGCAAUUGCUUACGCCCCACCAGAAAUGCUCGAAACACGGCAUACCGAACAAGUCGAUGUGUUCACGAUGGGCAUCGUGUUCCAUGCAAUUCUGGAAGGCAAGUACCGCGACUACGGCGAAAUUAGAUGUUAUGGUGUCUUUGUUGAGACCGACAAUGAAGAGAAAGAGCCGAUUGGAUGGGAAAUGCAUCAGCAACAAAGGGAGCUUCCUGUUCCAUUUCAAGGAAGAAGACGACGAUUAAUUCAACGGAUGUUGAAGUAUGAUCCGAGAGAAAGACCAACCGCUAAAGACGUUCAGAACGUGUUAGGAUCAAGAUUACGAACCUGGUUUCAACUUGUGUAUUAAAGGUCAAGAUGGUCUGCUUUGUGAUUUCAUAGUGUUUGUUGAACAUUGUUGGACACCAGUUCAGGCCCAUUGCAUGCUGUUAAAAACACUUAUGUAUUAAUAUUCGGGCUAGUCGUUUCAUCUACGAGACUACGAAUAACUGGAGAAUUUUUUAAUAUAUUGCCAUAUUAAGCUAUAUACCCGCAGCAUCGAUGAACUGAUAUCAACCGAAGGAGAUGAGUAUAUUAUUAUAUAAAAAAAAACGAACAGCGUUGAUUCUAUAUUAUAGUUUUAUUAUUAUUGGUAGCCAACUGGAAAUAAUGAUUAGAUUUAAAUACGGAAUAAAAAUAUUGGUUAAAUUUAAAACCUGCGAA